AUGUGUGAUAUUACCAACAGAAAAAUUCUGGACCAGUUGAAAGAGCGGUAUCCGCAAGCCACCUUUUCUUGCAACGCGGAGGACGAGACGUGCAACUUCCAAUUCUGGGUCGGUCAAGAGGAAUCCUUCUACUGCGCCCUCGAUACUUGUUCCUAUAGCUCAAAGAACGAAUACGACAGGAAUACUACAAGCUAUAAAUGCGAGCAUAUCAAGUGCGCCUGUGUUCCAGGUCGCAUGCUCUGUGGAGAAGAAGGAUCAAUCGAUAUCGGAGACUUUCUGACGGAAGAGAUCAAAGGUCCAGCGUCAUUCUCAUCAAUCAGGACGGAGGGCGGAAGCAGCAAAGACGGGAGCAAGUUCGAGGAACCAGCAAUGAACAAUCUCAUCAAGAGCGUGUUCGGAGACGAGUCUAUUACCUUGCAAUGCUCUUGGGGAGAGUGCCUAUACCGAACAGACGUCCCAGGCUAUACCAGGCCAGUCAAGAAGAUCAACACACCGUUGAUUGCUGGUGUGAUUGCUGGAUGUGCCUUAUUUGUCGUAUUGGUGAUCCUGCUGGUUUGGUAUUUGUCCAGGAGGCAGCUCAAACAUGGACCCAUUUAUCUGUCAGACGAUUCAGAUGACGAUCUGGCCCAGAUGAUGGCCGAACACAAACCAGCAUCACUACAAUUUGACGAUGUGUCUUACAACCUAAACGGGAAGCAGAUUCUGUCGGGUGUUCAGGGUAUCGCCCUACCUGGCCAAUUGAUGGCUAUCAUGGGUGCAUCAGGAGCCGGCAAGACUACAUUCCUCGAUAUCUUAGCAAGAAAGAACAAGCGUGGUAUUGUCGAGGGGAAUCUCUACGUCAAUGGGGAAAAAGUCAUUGACAAUGAAUACCGAAGUGUUGUCGGUUUCGUGGACCAGGACGACACGAUGCUCCCAACUUUGACCGUCCAUGAAACCAUCAUGACGAGUGCUCUGCUUCGACUACCUCGAGACAUGAGCAUUUUGGUCAAGGAACAGCGCGUUUAUGAAGUCGAGAAGCAGCUCGGAAUCAGCGCCAUUAAAGACCAGCUCAUUGGAUCAGAAGAAGGUAAUGGACGUGGCAUCUCUGGUGGUGAGAAGCGUAGAGUUGGAAUCGCAUGCGAGCUGGUCACGAGCCCCAGUAUACUCUUUCUGGAUGAACCAACAAGCGGACUGGACGCUUUCAAUGCAUUUAACGUAAUUGAGUGUCUAGUAACGCUGGCAAAGAACUACAACAGGACGGUAAUUUUCACCAUACAUCAGCCUCGAUCUAACAUAGUCGCCCUCUUCGACCAUCUUGUGCUCCUCGCAAAAGGACGGACCGUUUACUCUGGACCGUAUGCCAGUUGCCAAAGCUACUUUGACCGAAUCGGGUACGCGUGUCCGCCUGGCUUCAAUAUCGCGGACUACCUUGUGGACCUCACCAUGCAUGCUCAGACAGCACAUACGCCGACUGACGAGAAUGGUCCGUCCGGGUUCGACGGAGGUAGCGAAGGUAUGCGGACUGUCAACAGUAGCGUUCGCGCCGUCAAAUCUAUAGCUAGUGCUUCAAACAUGAGCUUGGACAACAGCAGCUACGGGAGCUACAACGAGUCGAAUUUUAGACCGAAAAGCAAACGCAAACAAUCGCUGAAACAGCAGCAAGAUCGUAAACUCUUCACACGGAAGAAGAGCAGCACAGGCGUAGAAUCCCCUGCGACCCCAAAGACUGAUGAUGAGGCAUCCGAUCCUAAUGACCGCAGGAACAGUGCAGACCUGAUCAGGCUGUCAAAGCAAGAGGGCCAAGUACGCCCGCAAAUUUUGGAUGAUCCACAUCAACUUCCACCGCCAGCCUCAGGCACUGGUACUGGACUGGAUGAUCUUGUCUCGAGCUAUGCCAGCUCAGACGUUGCUGGAUCAGUUCGAGACGAUAUCAACGCUGCUGUCAGCAGUGCAUCGAAUGCAAACGGUUCAUCCAAUGGUCAGCCUAGUCAUGCGAGAGUCGCAUCAGGUGCUAUGAAAGGCUACCGACGCGUGGGCUGGAUCAGUCAAUUCACGAUUUUAUCCCAAAGAACCUGGCGAAACCUUUACCGGAACCCUAUGCUAAUGCUCACCCACUACGCCAUCGCUAUCCUCCUUGCUGUUCUUUCCGGCUUUUUAUUCUACGGAUUGACCGACGAUAUAAAAGGCUUCCAAAACAGACUCGGCCUUUUCUUUUUCAUCCUCGCCUUGUUCGGCUUCAGCACUUUAACAAGUCUCACGGUGUUCUCAUCUGAGCGACUUCUGUUUGUACGGGAAAGAGCAAAUGGCUACUACUCGCCUAUUUCUUAUUUCGCGGCAAAAGUUGUCUUCGACAUUGUUCCCCUACGGCUCAUACCUCCAAUAAUCAUGGGAGCAAUCGUAUACCCCAUGACUGGCCUAACGCCGGCAUGGCCUGAAUUCCUCAAGUUCAUACUCAUCCUAGUGCUUUUCAACCUCGCCGCAGCCGCCAUAUGCCUGUUUAUCGGCAUCGUCUUCAAGGACGGCGGUGUUGCGAAUCUGAUCGGCAGCUUGGUGAUGCUUUUCAGCCUGCUCUUUGCAGGUCUGUUGCUCAACCACGAUGCAAUACCGAAGGCAGCACUGUGGCUGCAGACCCUCUCGAUCUUUCACUACGGUUUCGAGGGUCUCAUCGUCAACGAAGUCACAUUCCUUACUCUCGUCGAUCACAAAUACGGUCUCGAUAUCGAAGUGCCUGGCGCAUCUAUCUUGAGUGCGUUUGGGUUCGACAACCUCGCUUUGUGGAAGGAUGUCAUUGGUCUCGCCAUUUUCUCUGGCUCUUUCAUCGUGAUCGCCUAUGUCGCUAUGCAUGUAUUAUUGGUUGAGAGGAGGUAA